AUGGCGAACGAUGCCGUCCCGGUGCCCAGAUCAGAUGUGAUCCAUCAGUAUGGGCAUAGAGGCGCCCUUGAUCCCUUUGCUGUUCCAGAGAAAAGCAAUGAUGGCGGCUUCCUGGCACAAGUUUCCGGCAACCCUUUCUUCACUGCUGGACUGGGUCUCGCUGGAUUUGGUGCCGUUCUUGCAGUUUGCCAGAAAGGUGUCCGCCAUGGCGCAAGUCUUGUCAAAAGACGUUUACUCGUCGACGUUGAGAUCAAUGUCAAAGAUGAAUCCUAUCCUUGGUUCCUAUACUGGAUGACCGUUCACCAACGCAGUCAACUACCAUCCUUUUCUCGGUCUACUACUCCCAGUCCUGGCAAAUUGGGCAGACCUGGGCUCAUAGAGUCUCUAAUGCGCCGCUUUACCCCAGGAAUCCAUCACCUUUCUAUAGAAACGGAAAAGGUCGAGCACCCCAACGGAUCAGUUCAGACCGAAUUUACGCUCAUUCCGGGCCCUGGAAAACAUAUCAUUAGAUACCGAAAUGCGUUUCUCGUGGUCAACCGCUUGCGCGAAACAAGAUCAAUGAACCACAACACAGGUAUCCCAUGGGAGACAAUCACGUUAACGACACUCUACUCACAGCGCAACAUUUUUGAAGACAUCUUCUCAGAAGCACAUCAAUUGGCGCAGCAGUUUUCCGAAGGCAAGACGAUAGUCUAUCAGGCCAGGGCUACAUCUUGGGAAAAAUUUGGUGAGCCUCGCCGGAAAAGACCCCUUGAGUCUGUCAUAUUGGACAAGGGGAUAAAAGAGCGCAUCCUUUCCGAUGUCAAAGGCUUUUUGGGCAGUGCGAAAUGGUACUACGACCGAGGCAUACCGUAUCGAAGAGGGUACCUGCUACAUGGACCUCCAGGCAGUGGAAAGAGCUCCUUCAUCCGGGCUUUAGCUGGAGAGUUAGACUACAACAUUGCCAUGCUUAACCUCAGCGAGCGAGGCUUGACGGAUGACCGACUGAACCACCUCCUUACGAUCAUACCACGAAGGACACUAGUGCUACUCGAAGAUGCCGAUGCAGCGUUCGGCAAUCGAAGAACCCAGACCGAUGAUGACGGUUAUCGCGGCGCGAAUGUCACGUUUUCGGGGCUGCUCAACGCAUUGGAUGGCGUGGCGAGUGCUGAGGAGCGCAUUGUGUUCUUGACAACGAAUUAUGUGGACCGCCUUGACAGUGCCCUUAUCCGGCCUGGGAGGGUUGAUAUGGCAGUCAGACUUGGGGAAGCUACAAGAUGGCAGAUGGCUCAAAUGUGGGACCGCUUCUAUGGUGAAUUUGAUGUGCAAGGGAUCUUCAAGGCCCGAUUCCUGGAGCGUUUGGAGCAGCUUGGAUUAAUCAACCCCGAGACUGAGGAGAAAAGGCUCCCUGCAAGAAGCACGAGCGCAGCAGCUGUACAGGGGCUAUUCUUGUACAACAAAGGUGAUAUGGAGGGAGCUAUAGGAAUGGCGCCAGGUUUAGUCCCUGAAGGCCAGGAGGGUGACAAUGUCUCCGCUAGUGAAACUAAACCACUCGGAUGA